CGCGCAGCAGAUUUCUGUAUGCAAUGGACACUGAUCUCAGCUCCCAAGACAGGAAGGACCUGGACAAGUUCAUCAAAUUUUUUGCUUUGAAGACUGUACAAGUGAUUGUCCAGGCCAGACUUGGAGAGAAAAUCUGUACUCGAUCAUCCUCUUCACCAACAGGCUCUGACUGGUUCAACUUGGCAAUCAAAGAUAUACCAGAAGUUACUCAUGAAGCAAAGAAAGCCUUGGCAGGACAGCUACCUGCUGUUGGACGGUCAAUGUGUGUGGAGAUCUCUCUUAAAACCUCAGAGGGAGAUUCCAUGGAGUUGGAAAUCUGGUGUCUAGAAAUGAAUGAAAAGUGUGACAAAGAAAUCAAAGUUUCUUACACUGUGUACAACAGACUGUCUCUACUUCUGAAGUCUUUGCUUGCUAUUACCCGGGUAACUCCAGCCUACAGACUCUCCAGGAAACAGGGCCAUGAAUAUGUAAUACUGUACAGGAUAUACUUCGGAGAAGUGCAGCUGAGCGGCUUGGGAGAAGGUUUCCAAACAGUCCGCGUUGGGACAGUGGGUACUCCAGUGGGCACCAUCACUUUGUCUUGUGCCUACAGAAUCAACCUGGCCUUCAUGUCAACACGGCAGUUUGAGAGGACCCCACCUAUCAUGGGGAUUAUCAUUGAUCACUUUGUGGACCGUCCCUACCCCAGCUCUUCACCCAUGCACCCCUGCAAUUACAGAGCAACUGCUGAGGACAAUGUGGCAGUAUAUCCAUCAGUGGAAGACUCUCAGGAAGUGUGCACCACUUCUUUUUCCACUUCCCCUCCAUCCCAGUGUGUUUUUACUGUCACUAAGGCACAUUUUCAGACCCCUCCUCCUGUGGUGACGGACACCUUGAAGGUCCCUAUGAUGGGACUGGGCUUUUCACAUCAACUUUCCAGCUCUCGUCUUUCCUAUCAGCCUGCUGCCCUGGGAGUUGGAUCAGCUGACAUGGGGUAUCCAGUAGUCUUUGCUGGUGGCUUGAAUGCUGCACAUCCUCAUCAGCUGAUUGUGCCAGGGAAGGAGGGUGGGGUGCCCCCAGUUCCUAGCCAGCCACCACAUGCUACUCAAGCUGACCAAGAGAGGAUGGCAAUGUGCACCCCUUUGGAUGGAGCCCACUACUCAGCAGCUACUCCUUCCAGUAGCGAGGACACAGAGACAGUAUCAAACAGCAGUGAAGCGAAGAGUGGCUCCCCACAUGAUAUCUUGGAGACCAUCUUUGUCCGGAAGGUGGGGGCCUUUGUCAACAAACCUAUUAAUCAGGUGACCAUGGCCAACUUAGACAUUCCUUUUGCCAUGUUUGCUCCCAAGAACAUUGAGCUGGAGGAUAACGACCCCAUGGUGAAUCCUCCUGACUCCCCAGAAACUGAGUCUCCUCUACUGGGCAGCUUACAUUCAGAGGGCUCAAGUGGUAACAGCACCGGGAACACACAUGAUGAUUUUGUCAUGGUUGAUUUUAAACCAGCAUUUUCAAAAGAUGACAUUCUCCCAAUGGACCUGGGGACAUUCUACCGUGAGUUUCAGAACCCCCCUCAACUCAGCAGCCUCUCCAUUGACAUCGGGGCUCAGUCCAUGGCGGAGGAUCUGGACUCAUUACCAGAGAAGCUGGCAGUCCAUGAGAAAAACGUCAAAGAGUUUGAUGCCUUUGUAGAGACCUUGCAGUGAAGCUACAA